ACAUUUCACUAAAAGAUCAUAACUGUCCCCUGUCAAUCCUAUUUAAUAGCUACAAUAUUGUCUCAACUCUUUCAAAGUUUCAAACAAGGUAGCAUUACAAAAUAUGGCAUUCAAUCAAGAGUUAGAAGCUAUAACCCAUGCUUUCUCAGGACAUGGGGUGGAUGAGAAAUCAUUGACAACAAUAUUGGGAAAAUGGAAUCCUUUGGAGAGAGAAUUGUAUAGGAAGAAUACACCACAUUUCUUCGUUGAGGAUCAUGAACGCAAAUUUCAGAGGUGGAAUGAUCAUUGUGUUCGUCUUCUCAAACAUGAGUUUGUGCGUUUUAAGAAUGCAGUGGUGCUUUGGUCCAUGCACCCUUGGGAAAGAGAUGCCCGUUUAGCUAAAGAGGCCCUAAAGAAAGGGCCAAGUUCAUAUGGAAUACUAAUUGAGAUUGCAUGCACUAGAUCUUCAGAGGAGCUUUUGGGAGCUAGGAAGGCAUACCAUUCCCUCUUUGAUCACUCCAUUGAAGAAGAUGUUGCUUCUCACAUCCAUGGAAUUGACAGAAAGCUAUUGGUUGCACUUGUGAGUGCCUAUAGAUACGAAGGAUCAAAGGUUAAAGAUGACACUGCAAAAUCAGAGGCCAAAACACUUUCCAAUGCCAUUAAGAAUGUUCAUAAGAAACCAAUUGUUGAGGAUGAUGAAGUAAUAAGGAUACUGGCAACAAGAAGCAAGGCACAUCUUCAACAAGUUCACAAACACUAUAAAGAGAUAUCUGGCAAGAACCUUGAAGAGGAUCUUAAUGACUUAAGAUUUAAAGAAACUGUGGAAUGCCUUUGUACCCCACAAGUAUAUUUUAGUAAGGUUUUGGAUGCAUCUUUGAAAAUUGAUGUGGAUAAGAAUAUUAAAAAAUCACUUACUCGUGUGAUUGUUACUAGAGCUGACAUUGAUAUGAAGGAGAUAAAAGGUGAGUAUAAUAAUUUAUAUGGAGUUUCAUUGCAACAGAAAAUUGAAGAGACUGCUAAAGGGAACUACAAGGAUUUCUUGUUAACCUUGAUUGCUAGAGGAGGUUAAUUGGUGAAAUUAAUUAGAGAUUAAUACCAAAGCUUUGGUAUUAAUCUCUUGAAAGAUGAAAUUUGGUUUUUAAUUUUAUGUCCCUUGUAAUGUUUAUCAAUUCAAAUUUGUAUUGGUUGAUGCUUCUGCUUUAUUAUGCUUCACUUGUAUUAUUAUUGUCACAAAAGAUAAAAUAUAAAAAUAUGUGAUUGAAUAAAGUUGUUUUAUCAUUUCUUUUCAGAAACAAAUUAA